AUGUUUUAAUAUUCAUAAAGAGUACUCUAGCCAACCAUAAGAGUUCCAUCAUAAAUUCAAUAAUCUAUUAUUACUACGACAUUUGAAAAUCAUCCUUAAUUACAAUCCACCAGAAAAGUUUAAUAAAAUAUUGAUCCAACUGCUUUGAACACAUCCCCCAUCAAAAUUGUGAAUAAUAAAACUCCUUUAAGUCCUAAUAUAAUUGUGUAUUCUUAAAACCCAUACUCAAUUACUCCCUAAUAAAUACCAUCAAACAUACGUUAAAAUUUGACUCCAACUAAACAUUUAAAUGCAAAUAUGCCAUAAUAAAGAAACCUUACACCAACACGGAUUAUUCGUGACGGAGAUCAAACUAGUAAAAAUAAGCAUAGCACCAAAAGUAAAGUACAAGCUGAUUUUGGAACUCCUUCUCCAAUUUAAUAGCAAAUGGAUAAGGAUGAUGCAGAAUUUUUGAAUGAAAAAUAAUAGAGUUAUUACAAUAAUUUACAAGAAUUGCUGAUUUAAUCAGAGUUUAAAUUAAGCCAAUUGGAAUAAAAAAGUAGAUAAAUACAAGAGUAAAGAAAGAGGCUUCAAUAGUAAUUUAUAUCCAAAUCCCCCAAAUUGGGAGCAUUAUUAUGA